CCACCGUUCACUUUCGAAUCAUCACCACCACGCCCCGCAAAUGCAUCAUCCUCAUACCCCGACAGACUCUGUGGAAUCAAAAUGGAACUUGGGACAACAGAUUCAUUGUGGAAAAAUGUUGAUGCAACAACAUCUUCUGAUUACAUUAUGCCGGAUCUUCGAACCUUUCAACAAAAUGCAGCUUCUGAUAACAGAAAUAACACUAAUUUUCUAACGAAUUAUAAUUUUUCACCGGGAAAAUGGCCCAAUUCGAAGUUGCAGGAAAGCCCAAUUAAAAGUGAUCUUAUUCGUACGCUGGCAGCGACAUCGAACAAUGCUGAAAAGAAUCACGUGAACAAGCAUUUGAAACCAACGGCACCAUCUUUACCGCUGCUACCACAUGAAUGUCUAUAA